UAUCUACCCAUUUUAGGAACUUGCUUGAUAACUUGAUAUCUGGUUUCACCCUAUUUUCAGAAAAUGGUUUGUCCCUGUGAUAUCAGCAAAACUUAUAGCUAUAAAUUAUAUACACGCUCUUUUGUAUCUUGACUGUGGACUGCAUACUUCUGUUUGAAUUUAUAUGGGGUUGUGGGCUUAAACAGCCAUUUUAAUUCAGCCGUUGCUGAAGAUUAAAGUUUAGUACAGUGUUUAAUGUAACUACUAAAAACUGUGUCUGUCUUCAUAAUUACACAUUCUGUGUAUGGGGAUGGGAUUAUUAUUAUAGUGAAUAAAUAGUUUAUCGAUCAAAGACCACUUCACAAUAUCUAUUGCAAGAUGGCAACUUCUGUGGGCUCUGUUCAUAGCAGUUCAGAUUUAGUUAAGGACUAUGUUUGUUUCGCCUGCGAAUGUAAAAAUUUAGAAGAAAGUGCUGAUUACUUUUGUGAAACGUGUAUGAAGUUUUUCUGCGGAAAAUGCAUUUAUCAACAUGACCAAUUAUAUACAACUCAUUCCAAAUAUGGAAGAGGAGAAACAAAAAAAUGGCCUCUUCCUAAGAAAAUCGAGGAUUUGCUACUGAAAUGUGAUGUCCACAAGGACAAGAAACUGAAGAUGUUUUGCCAGGACCACAGUCAGCUGUGUUGCACAGAUUGUUUUUUGUUGGAUCACAGACAGUGUACCAAUGUCAAGCUAAUUUCUGAGUCAGUCAACAAGAUGUCGGUGGAUAUGCAACAGUUGUCAAGUAAUCUUCAAACUAUUCUCGAUGAACUAAAUAAGUUUAAGAGUUCACAAGAGGUCAGCAUUCAGUCCGUUGAGGUAUCAUACAGUGAAAAACUGCAAGAAAUCCGAGACCUGCGAAAGAAAUUAAAUGCAACUUUGGAUGCGCUAGAAAACACAACCUUGAAAGAACUGGAUGAACUAAGGACCACAUUGCAAGCAGCUCUCAAGAAAGAUGUUGAAAACUGCAGCAGACUGAAGGAUGAACUGAAACAACUCAGUGAAGCUGUACAGGGCCUUUGUGAAAAGAGCAAGAAAGAAAUGGAGUUCAUAGCCAGCAGGAAAUGCUUGGACAAACUACAAGAGUCUGAGUCAUAUCUGAAGGAGAACUCUGUGAAGAUGCAGAGUUCAAUUAUAUUUAAGGCAAACAUUGAUAUUGAGAAGUACCUGUCUCAACAGACAAGUCUUGGGAAGUUUGUAGAGAGCAAGCCGUCUCUUACGCUCAAGAUUAGUCCCAACCAGAUCUUGACUGUGAAGAGCAAAUCUGAGUAUAGUGUGAGAAUGUCAAGUGACACAAAGAAGACUUGCCUGAUCAGUGGUAUUUGCUGCCUGCCUAGUGGCCUGGUCAUUGUUACAGAUUCUUAUAAUUACAAAGUGAAGCUGUUUGACCAGCAGUACAAUAUGACCAGCCACUGUGAUGUUACUGGUAACCCAGAUAGUAUUUGCCAGAUCACAUCCAGUGAGGUGGCUGUUGCUGUUGCUAGUGAUGUGCAGUUUAUCUCUGUGAGCAAUGGGCAACUGGUGAAUGGGAGGAAGUUUCAGUUACAGCAUGCAGCUUUAAGUAUUGGCCACCAUCAGGGAGCAUUGUAUAUCACCUCUGGCACUGCCCUGUACCACUACACCCUUACUGGAUCACUUGUGAAAAAGCUGUACGAGGAUGCAAGUCGCUCUAUUACAGUGUGGAAAUGUGCAGUGAGUCCUGCUGGGGACAGGAUCUAUGUAACCAACCCCUCACAACACAAGCUCAUCACUUUUGCUACAGAUGGCACCCUGAUAUCCACCUUCAAGGACCCUGAACUGAAAUACCCAUGGGUUGUUCAUGUUACGCCUUCUGGACAAGUACUGGUGUGUGGAACCAACUCCCAUACUGUCAUACAGGUGAAUCAUGAGGGAAGUAAGAGACUGGCAACUCUGGUAUCAAACAAAGAUGGAGUGAGCAGUCCAAUAUCUGUCUGCUACAACACCAACACUCACCAGAUCCUUGUGGGGCUACAUAGACUUGAUAAAAUAAAAGUUUUGGAAUUACAAUAGCUCUUGACAUUAAAAAAAACAUUGAUAUUUAAAUGCCUAUAAAUGUUGUUUUUUUUUUUUUAUCGCACAUGUGUUCUUAAUUCAUGUUUAUGUGUAGGAAAGAAAAUGCUUGUUAAUACAGUUUAUCUUUUGUGAUUAACAUAUUAUGAAACUUUUUUUUAAUGAGUUGCUGUAACUCUCUGAAGAUUGUCCAAAACAAGCAUUUAUAACUAUCUUAAAUGUUGAUGCUGAUCAGUUCUUUAGUCUUGCUUCAUAUUAUGCCCCAAAAAAUAUUCUUUUUAUUGAUAUGCCUACCUUACCAAUGACAUUGUCCCUACUCAACAUAUAUGUAUUUGGUGUAAAAAUGAAAUUGUUCUAUGUU